AUGACCGUUUUUGAUAAGAAAAUAUUACAACCAACUAAACCAAUAUCCUAUAGUAUUUUAAAUACACUAGAAUCGUGUGUACCAUUGAAUCCAACUCGAUCAGAUACAAUUCCUUCAACAUUUCCAACAUUACAAUAUAUAACAGAUACACCACUCGUCCUACCUACACCACGAAUUCCAUUCGUUGAUCGACAACAUUCAUUCUCUAUACCUAUUAUAGUAGAUCUACGUACAGUUGAUAUAGAAGCGGAACGUCUACGAGAUUUUGUUCAUGAAAAUAAAAAUGAAUCUAUGUGUCAUAUGAAUUUUAAUGAUGAGAAUGAACAACCCAAAACUCAUGUUCAAGAAACAGUUGAAAUUAUUCCAAUUCCAUUAUCAUGCGAAAGAACAUUUUAUAGUUAUGUUGAUGAUCAUACAGAAAAACGUUUACGUACAUAUAUGAAAUUGAAUCAAGGAGUUUAUAUUAAACUGAAUGAUUAUGGACAAUUAACAAUGAAUGAUCAAACAAUGAAACUAUUUCACGGUUUACAAUAUGAUCAUCGUUUUAAAUUUGAUUUUUAUUCAACAACAUUAUACAUAUUUCCCAAACAACGAAAAGAACGAUUUAUAUCGGAAAUAAAAUAUUAUCCUGAACACAUCACACUCCGCUAUAAAACAACAUUAGAAAUAUUAGCUAAACAACAGUUUCAACAGAGACAAACACAAAUUUAUUAUAGAAUUUAA